CUCCGCCCUGUCUCUCGGCGGCAGCGGCGGCGGCGGCUCGCGCAGCUUGUUGGCUCGCUAUAUAAAGGGGAGAAGCAGGCGGACCGGACGGCUGGAGCUGCAGCCGGUGGCGGCAGCGGCGGCGCGGGGAGCGGCGACCGGUGGUUUCCCUCCUUGGCGCGGAGUGGGGAGCGGGCAACGCCCCCUGGACCCCUGAAGGGUCGCGGUUUUUUUUAAGAGGCUUCUCGAGGUUUUCGGCUCCCGGGGAGGAGUGUCCCCCUCCUCCUCCUCCUCCUCCUCCUCUCUUCGCUCCUCCCCCCUACUCCUUCAGGAUCGAUUUUGUUUAAAUUUUUUUGCCCCAAUCUUGCGGUGACUCUGGUCACCGUCCGGGUCUUUUGGUUCUUUUUUUUUCUUUCUUUCUUUUUUUGGUUUUUGUCUGAUUUUCUCGGGGUUGCCCCCGUUUGGUUUGUGUUGUGUGUGGAAAUGGCGAACUCGGCAAAUACAAACACCGUGACUUUAUUUUUGCUUUAAAGCCUAAACUAUAUAGGUCAGUGAUUGAAGAUGUUAUUAAUGAUGUGAGAGACAUCUUUCUGGAUGAUGGAGUGGAUGAACAAGUCUUGAUGGAACUAAAAACUCUAUGGGAGAGUAAACUGAUGCAGUCUAGGGCAGUAGAUGGAUUUCAUUCAGAAGAACAGCAGCUUUUAUUGCAAGUUCAGCAACAGCAUCAACCCCAGCAGCAGCAACACCAUCACCACCACCACCAUCAGCAAACUCAACCUCAGCAGACAGUACCUCAACAAGCACAGACCCAGCAGGUUCUUAUUCCUGCGUCACAGCAAGCCACAGCACCACAAGUUAUUGUUCCUGAUUCUAAGCUGAUACAACAUAUGAAUGCCUCAAACAUGAGUGCUGCUGCCACAGCUGCUACCUUGGCACUACCUGCAGGUGUGACUCCUGUUCAACAGAUAUUAACAAAUUCGGGCCAGCUUCUUCAGGUGGUCAGAGCAGCCAAUGGUGCCCAGUAUAUCUUUCAGCCUCAGCAGUCAGUGGUUCUACAACAACAGGUUAUACCACAAAUGCAGCCUGCGGGUGUACAAGCUCCUGUUAUACAACAGGUUUUAGCCCCUCUUCCUGGAGGAAUUUCACCACAGACAGGCGUCAUCAUCCAGCCUCAGCAAAUCUUAUUUACAGGAAAUAAGACUCAAGUUAUACCUACCACAGUGGCAACACCUACGCCAGCACAGGCACAGAUAACUGCAGCUGGUCAGCAGCAACCACAGGCACAGCCCACCCAGCAGCAGGCCCCUUUGGUCUUACAAGUUGAUGGAACUGGAGAUACAUCAUCUGAGGAAGAUGAAGAUGAAGAAGAAGACUAUGAUGAUGAUGAAGAAGAAGAAAAAGAGAAAGACGGAGCUGAAGAUGGGCAGGUGGAAGAAGAGCCCCUCAAUAGUGAAGAUGAUGUGAGUGAUGAGGAAGGGCAGGAGCUCUUUGACACGGAAAAUGUUGUUGUGUGCCAGUAUGAUAAGAUACACAGAAGUAAAAAUAAGUGGAAAUUUCAUCUGAAGGAUGGCAUUAUGAAUCUUAAUGGAAGAGAUUAUAUAUUUUCCAAAGCCAUUGGAGAUGCAGAAUGGUGAAGAGUUGCUUCUUUUAUAAAUAAAAGAAACUUAAAAAAAAUUUGAAGUGGAUGGUUUGAAACUUGGGACAUAUACCAACCAAAACUUCACUUCUGCAUGUCAGAAAAGUGCAGUAGAAGCAAAGCUACUGGAACAAAGAUAGACCUUGACAGCAUAGACACUACUUCUAACUGGCAAGCCAUGGAACUGUAGUAUCGGGGAUUGUUGGGGUGGGGGUUGGGUUUUGUGUAGGAAAAUCAUAAUUGUCAAUUUUAAAUACAGGAACUUGCCACCGGUAAUUAGCAUGUAAAGCUUUGUCUAUAUUCCUUCCUCCAACUUGGGCUCCAUUAGAAGACACUUGUUGGAAUGAACUGAAGAAACUUCCUUUUGAUAGAUUGAAAUGAAACUGUUUAUUGUAUGUGGUUAUAUUUGGUAAAAAUUACGUGUGAGCUUUUUACAAAAGGGUAAGAAUUAUGGUGUUGAAUUUUAAUUCACUUGUAAACAAUUUAAAACUCUCAUAAUAGGUCUUAAAAUUUUUUACCUGUUAUUUUCCCUUAAUAAUACAUACCUCUUCCCUGCUGUAAAACAUCUAGUUAAGAGUUGAAGGAAGUAUAAUCAGUGAUCAGUUCUGAGACAAAAAUUUAACCCAGGAAUGGAUAUUUAUUUUCAUUAGGUUUUCAUACUUUAAAGACUUGGGUUUUAGUUAAAUGGAAUUAAAGUGACAACUUUAAUUUACUUAUAGAAAAACUGUUUAGUCCUACACUUCAAAAUGAAACUCCCAAUUGGCUCCUCAGGAAUAUAUUUUUAUUUUAUAAAGAUAUCACCUAACUAAAAUUGUAUGUACUUGAGUAUAUGAAGGUUUUUCUUGUUGGCCUGAAAUGUGUGCUUAUAUAUGCAUUUAGUCUUUAAGCUAAAUAUUCAGAUAUCAUUCUGUACAUUGAAGCAUAAGGACAGGUGGUGAGGACCUGGAUUUUUAUUAAACAAUUUAGUAAUUAUAAAAGUUUCUUGUGUUUGCUAGUAAAGAAUUUAAAAACCUAUUAUUUUAAUUGAACAAGUUUUUUAAAAGCAACUUUGUAAUUUGAGGGGAAAAUUGGGGAGGGAGGAUGAGGGAGGUGGGCCACUAAGUACAUAUUUACCUCUCUUUCAUUGGGUGGCUCAUCUGGGCCAUUGAUAAAGGUAGACUUGGGCUCCAGUUUGCACAAUGAAAAGAAGCAUAGAAAUUUGAGUGUAUAUUAAAAUAAUAGAAAUUUUACUAUGUAUAUUAAGAAUGCGAAGCCCUGUAUUUCUGUAAGGGCUCUGAAGAACAAUUCGGCAGUGUUUGCAUCAGCUGCCUUGGAGAACUGCAGAAACACUCAACUUGACUUUUGUGUUCUAAGUACUAAUUUGAUUUCUCAUGGUUUCUCUUGACAAAAUUCAUAGGUGUUUUAAGUUACUUGUGUAUUGAUGCUUUUUGUCUUCCAUUUCUCUCUUAUUUGCCUUUAUGUGUUUCCAGAAGUAACAGUAAAGUACAUUACAAAGGAGAAAACUGUGAGCUAUUAUAGUAUUUUCUUUUAAACACAAAUCUUUCUAAAAGGCUAAUAAAAUUUUUUUUGUCUACUUCCCAACCCUCUUACCAACCUCUUUUUAAUUUAUGUUCUGAACUUUGGUGCAGAUGGUGGUAUCUAGCAUGCUUGUUAAGUUUUAUUUGCCACCACAGGUAAUAACAGCUUUUAUUUUGACAAUAUUAAUCUUUCAAGGGGAAAUUUAUUUACCCCACUACACUCAAAGCACACACGAUUUUUGUUAUGUUUUCUUUAUUAGUAAGAUUGGGAGAAGAGAAGGGAGGGGGUAAAAUCACAGAAGUCUUGUUCAGCUGUCCUUUAGUAUGGUUACUAGUAGGUUAAUAUUUCCUCAGUGAAGAAGUCAACGACUUGAACUACCUAUGAAAGUGCAGCAGUGUUGUGUAAGUUUAAACCCUUUGGCUAUCUAGUAGUUCUUAAUGCUACUGAACCUCGGAAUACUGUAGCAUGUCUUGGCCCUCUUUGUAGAAAGCAUUCGUACUCAUAGUAGCAUUGUAUACUGGCCUGUUACUAUAGCUGUAUUUUCACACAUGAACAUCCACUGCUUUCAGAAUGACUCACUAGUGUUAUUUUGAAGCAGGAAAUAACCAUUUGUAUUUGCACCUGUGUGCUGCAUAUUAAUUAUAGCAUACUUGCAAAUGCUUUUUUUUUAACCUUUAAAAAUUCUGAAAGCUGGUCCAAAUAACACUGCAUAUCAAAUUGUGUUCUUAUAUAUUACUGCAUUGUGCUCCUUUUUAAUAAAAUAGCAUGUUUUAUUUUUAUUAUAGUGGCUUUUGCUGUAUGAAUGUCACUUGCUUUGAAUUCUUAAUCAUACUUUUAACAUUAUAUUUAAAAAAUAAUUUUGUUAGGUUACAUUAAAAUAUCAUUCCUUUGGAAAGGCAAGGGAUUCCUUCAGGAUUUUAAUAUGAAAGUAGUUUGUUCGUCCAAAGGGGGAAAACAGUUCUGACUUAGUAUUGAGAAAAUAAGCAGUGGUUGCAGAAGAGGGUUUGUUUAGAUUUGCACAGAUGGUGAUGGCACCUUUUACUUUUAAAAAAGUAACAUUAAUCAGCGCAAGGGAGAAUUGACAAAAUUACUGACGUGUGGAAGUGUGUGCCUUUCAGUAUCCAGACUCUUGCUUGGUGGUCACUUUUAGAAUCGGACCACUUGAAUGCCUGGGAGCACAUUUCAUUUCUGUGGAGUGCCACGUGUGGCUAAAACAACUCUUUAAUGUGCAAUUAGUUUCUAGAGCAAAAUGUCUGUUUAUGAGGGGGAUCUUUAUAUUGGGCUUUUAUAUUUUUGAAAUAUUCACAUUAUUUUCUGUUAAAAUGUCAUGUCACAUUUACGCUGUUGCCUUUUUAAAAAUCAAAGCCACUGAUAACUGAUUGCAUCAAGAUUUGAGCAGUGUGUAUAGUGAUUAUAAUGUGUUCUUAAUAAGCAUAAUAGACUGCUUUUAGAAAAUAAGAACAUAAAAAUAUAAUAGCUUUUGUAUAAAGACUUUCUUUUGCUAUAGUGAAUAUCAAGGAUUUUUUUUCCUGACUUUUAGGGAGGAAUAAAAAGAAUUGUCUCCCUCUAAGAGUAAUUUUUUUUAUUAUCUCAUAGCAAUAACGUCACCAUUAUUAUCAGAGGGUAAAUACGCCUUGUAUGGGAAAGCAGACAUGGUUUCCUCUGGGGAAUUCCCUUUAUAAUGUAGUAUUUUCUUCCACUUGAGAAAGUUCCUAUAUUUUCAGAUUAUUUCACCUUGAACUUUUUUGAGCUUUUGUGCAAUGUUUUAUUGAUCUGUUUUUGUACAUUUUCAUUUCACUUCAUGUGUCUGUCUUCUGCCUAUCUGUUUGAAUCAGCUAUAGCAGAUUUUGAAUUUGUUGGUUUAAAAAGUAGCUGUUUAUGUGUUUCCUCAUAAGUUUGUGUUAGUUUUAAUCUUCUAUUAUGCUACAGAAAUUAUUCUGAAAUUUAUAUUCUUGAAGCCUGCCUUAGUCUAUCAUUUGUCAUUUUCUGUGGUUUAAGGAAGAACGCCUCAAACUUAAUAUUUUGUGUAUUUUAAGGAACAAAAACUUUUUUGCCUUCUCUUUUAAGGGAAGAACUACAUUCAGUUAGUAACUGUUCUUUGAGUUAAGUUUCCUUAAAUCCAGUACGCAUUAGCGCUACGACUUGGGGGGAGGAGCUAAUCCUUUUUACUGUUCUGAGCUACUAUUGUCAACUGCUGUUGUACAUACUGUUAUGUGUAAGGACAUAAAUAUAUUUAUUAUGUUUGUAAAAUUCAUUCUGUACAAUUGCAGAUCAAGGUUGCUCUUCUGUGAUAUAUGGGAUAUUAUGUUUUAAAGGCCAUCUUGAAAUACAGUUAGAGAACUUAGUAUUUUGAUGUACUAAGACCUAUUUUAAGUUUAAUAUUUUACCUUUGCAAAAACUUUAAUUAAAGAUGUUAUUUAAAAAAGUAAUGUUGCUUGCUUUGCUUACUAGUCCAUGUUAUUGUUACAUAGAUAACAAUAAAAUUAUGAAAGUUUAGAAAGGAAAAUGCUUUACCUUGUUAAUGAGGAUAAGUUUUAACAACAAGGGUAUCAUUAAAUUCUGUACUUUUAAGAUAUGUUUUGAAUGUUAGUUUCAACAAAUAAACUUAAAAAUUCUUAAUAGCUUUUUAAAAAGUUGUAUUUUCAAGACACACAGGAAUUUAGGUUGGGAUAAGCUCACACCACUAAGUGUAAGAAUACAAAAUUAUAUUGUAUUACAUGGAUAUUUCUACUCCAGAGCAUAGAUUACGUAGGAUAAAAUUGUUCAAGAACAUUGUUUCUGAUUUGUCUAGCUAAAUCCUUUUCUCUUAGUUCAGUGUUUGUAAAUAAUUGAUUAUUAGGGGAAUUGGAUUAUUGAGGUUUAUAUUAUAUAUUGCAUAUAUUUUGUGUUAUUUUAGAAAGUAUUAAAUAAUUAGGUGUUUUAAUUUUAUAGUUAAUUCAAAUGAAUCAUUAAGAAAGAGCUUGCCUUUUUGUAAUUUUUUUAUCCUGUUCUAGACUACUUUAUCAAGGAAACAUGCAAAUUUUAACUUUUAAAGUAAUCAUAAUAAAGAUAUUUUAUUUAUUGCCAGUAAA